AUGGCUUCUUCGGUUGAUCAGUCCCAAGAGGACCAAAUCAAAGAUCUUCUAGAAGAUCUCGAUACCUACAGAUACAUCUACAAUGAUUUUCUCGCCACGAGGGGUGCUUGUGCAGAAGCAGACGAGCUUCGUGAUACCAUCAGAAAAAUGGAAGGCCAGGUUGCUGCGCUCCUUGGUGAUCCUGUUCCUACUCCUCAAGCUGCCUCGACAUCACAAAUUUCGUCGCCCACUCCGCCAGUCCGGACGCCCGCGGCUGCUCCGCGAAUAUCGUCGAAUUCUUUCACUGGAAUCCCAGGGGAUUCAUUUGCAUCCCCCCACUGGCCUUCGGCUGCACCCUCACCUUUCGCGGCUGGGUCUCACCAUUCGACAGUGCUACCAGCUUCACCAAUGAUGCAGUCUUCAGAUAACUCUCGUAAACGUCAGCGUCCACUAUCUCACAUCUCGCCUACGACACAGGGAUCAUCAAAAAGGAUUGCUCCCUCACGGCCUGGAUCUCGCAGAUCUCAACUUGACGCGAUAAACGCUGAACAAGAAGCCCGCCUUGCUGAGAAUGACCGCAUGUAUAAGCAAUUCAUCGAUGCGGCAGGUGACGAUGCAGAUCAACUAAAGGAAAUCAGGGAAGAGAUUGAUGAGCAGGCGAAGUUGAUUAAAGCAGAGAUUCAAAUGGAAAGAGACGCGGAAUUGGCUCGCGCUCUCCAAGCCGAUGAGAAUCAUAUUCAAUUCUCCAUUGAGGGCUUCAAUGAGCAUGAUUCAUGGGAUCUUCCAGACCGCACUCAACCGGUAAAGCUCGAACCUAUCUCAUCAAAAGCCAUUCGCGCUUCUCAAACCUCUGCACCGAUAGCUCCAUCCAAUAAACUCAUUCCGUUCAAUUCCGACGAUGAUAUUCAAGAAAUCACUGCUGAUUCGUUCAAUUCUCGAUACGGCAAGCAGCCAACCCGCCAAUCUGGUUCCUUCAACUAUCCACACACGUCUUCUCUCUCUUCGCCUUACUCUAAAUCGCCAUACACUUCACAUGCACCCCAUUUCUCGCUGAUGCCAUACCCCUCUCAGUUGACAUACUCCACCCAGAUGACAUAUCCCUCCCAGUUGACAUACCCCUCCCAAAUGUCGAAUCCUUCCCAAAUGGCAUAUCCUUCACAACUAGCAUAUCCCUCCCAAAUGUCAAGCCCCUCAAAACUAUCAUAUCCCUCAUCAACAGUUUCCUCCAGAGUUCUGCCCUGGGCGCGUGAACCUUCACACAUUCCAAUGCCGGGUGCGUUUGACAAAUAUGACAAGGCUGAAAAGGCUUUUGACGUGGUUCGUAACCAGACCGAAAUAUUCGAUGACGAUGCUGACAUGGUGGCCUACAAUGAGAAAGAGUUCCCAGAAGAUAUCAAGAAUCUGCUCAGUGGUAUCAAAGACAUCCGUGAGGCAACUAGAGCGGACAAUGAGGAGACACCAGAUGCGCUUCGAGUCACAUUGAUGAAGCACCAGAAGAUCGGCCUGAAAUGGAUGAAGGCCAAGGAGGAGAGCAGUCACAAAGGAGGAAUCCUCGCAGAUGAUAUGGGCCUCGGUAAAACUAUUCAAGCGAUUGCACUGAUGGUUGCUCGUCCAUUUGAAGAUGAAGACCGACGCCCGACCUUGAUUGUCGCGCCCAAGGCACUUAUGGAUCAAUGGAGGCUCGAAAUCCAGCGCCAUAUCAAGCCUGGAAGGUACCAACUAUCGGUCUUGAUAUAUCAUCAACGGCGCAGGCCCUGGAAGGAACUCAAAAAGUACGAUGUCAUUAUUACGACAUUUGGCACCAUCACCGCGCACUACAAAACAUUGCUUGAGGCGGAAAAGCUUGCAGAGGAAGGGCAGCAUGCCUCGUUAAUCCAAGAACGCAAAAAUGCGGCUGGUCCUCUCAAUCCUGCCGCCAAGUGGCACAGAGUCAUCAUCGAUGAGGCACAGAACAUCAAAAAUCCAAGUGCGAAAUCCUCAACAGCGUGCUGUCGACUCAAUUCUACCUACCGAUGGUGUCUGACUGGUACGCCCAUGAUGAAUCGUCUCGAAGAUUUUCAGUCCCUUUUGGGAUUCCUCCGGAUUCGGCCUUACAGCAACCCAUCAAAGUUCAAGGCGGAUUUUGUGAGACGCAUCAAAUCUGGUUGGGGAGGAGAGGAUGUUAUGAAGCAACUGCGCGUCCUAGUUAAGUCUGUCUGUCUUCGACGUACAAAAUCCUCCAAGAUUGAUGGCGAGCCCAUCUUGCAACUCCCGCCAAAGGUCACUGAGAAGGUCCAUGUUGUGUUUGAUGAGAGGGAAAGUCAGGUUUAUGAGGAGCUCAAUACGUCCACCCAAAGGCAGAUUACCCGAUAUCUUGACUCCGGAACUCUGGGCAGAAACUACAGCCACGUUCUGGUUUUACUUCUUCGUCUUCGACAGGCAUGCUGCCAUCCACUUCUCAUGCAGGAGUUCCGAAAUGAACCUUCCCCGUCUAUGCCAGGGGUGGAUAAGAUCGCCAACGCCAAGCUUCUGAGCGCUGCCGUAGUGCAACGUAUCAAAGAAAAUGACGGCGAAGAGGAUGGCACCUGCCCCGUCUGCAUGGACAGUGUCAAAAAUGCGACUAUUUACAUUCCAUGUGGACACCAUGUGUGCUCGGAGUGCUGGAUCCGCAUUUCCGACUCUGCAACCGCAAAUGGAGCUAUCAAUCUUGACGACGAUGGUCCAACUGUAAUCAAGUGCCAGAAUUGCCGAGGACCAGUAGACCCUGCGAAACUCACCGACACCAAUGCGUUCAAGCAGGUUCACGAUCCAAGCGCAUUGCCCGAAUCUGACGCCAGAGGCGGCGACGUUUACGGGGCCAGUGACGAUGAAGACUCAGAAGCCACAGCGAGCAGUGAUGAGCACGACUCCGAUAGCUCUACUGAAGAGGGCGAGGGUGGAUCAAAGAAGAAAUCAAAGUUAAGGUCUCUGGCCGAGCUGCGAAAAGACGCCUUGAAGAACAAGGCUGAGAAAAAGAAAUACAUUCGCCGCCUCGAGAAAGGCUGGUUCCCCAGCACAAAAAUCACCAAGACGCUGGAGAUCCUUCAAGCCAAUGAAGACCGCGGCUUAGAUGAGAAAACCAUCAUUUUCAGCCAGUUCACCUCCCUCUUGGAUCUUCUCGAAUUCCCCCUCGCCCACCGCGGCUGGAACCAUACCCGCUUCGACGGCAGUAUGAACCUGAAGGAACGCAACGCCGCCGUGACGGCUUUCACCAACGACCCCGCUUGCAAGAUCAUGCUCGUCUCUCUUAAGGCUGGAAACUCUGGUCUUAACCUUGUCGCUGCCUCGCAUGUUAUCAUGUUCGACCCCUUCUGGAACCCGUACAUCGAAGACCAGGCUGUGGAUCGUGCCCAUCGCAUCGGGCAGGUUAGAGAAGUCUUUGUUCAUCGUCUGCUUAUUGAAAAUACAGUCGAGGAUCGUAUUGUUACUCUGCAGGACCAGAAACGUGAGCUGAUUAGUGGUGCUCUCGAUGAGGGUGGAACUAUGAAUGUCUCCCGACUAGAUGCGAGGGAACUUGCAUAUCUCUUUGGUGUGAGAGACUUGUGA